CAGCCAUUGGACGAUCAGGGGUUCGACGUCAGAGCCGUCAGUCUCUGCAGCAGCUCCGCCGCCGGAAGGAGUGACAGGCCGGUGUCAGGGAUCGGGCUGAGGUGAGCCGCCGUGGGGGGUUGUGGGAUGGGGGGGACAGUGGGGGCAGUAUGGCGGCGGCGGCGGGCGGGCGGUUAGGGGGUGAUUCUCAUAGAGGGGGGGCCGGGGAUAGCGGCCGGCGGGGCCGGUCUGUGCAGCCUCGUGCGGAUGAAUGGGCAGCGGGAGGCCCGGGGAGAGCCAUCACCUGCUCGGAUUAACACAGGAGCCUGGGGCUACAUAAUUGGCCCCUGAGGGCCACCCAGGCAGUGAGCCUGCUGCCAUGGCAACCCGUGUGUGUGUGUCAUUCAGGGGAUUGUGAGCAGUGGGAGGGCUGUGUGAGGGAGGGCAGGGCUCCAUCCCCCCCCCCAGUAAUGGCUGACAAUGCUUGGAUGCUCUCAGUGGGAGUUACAGUCUGCCAGCAGCUGGGAUCCCUCCCUGUGAUCACUCAGCCCUUACAGCAGCCCCACACUUACCAUACAGCCAGUCACCAUGCCCAGUGAAACGGGAUUGGGAAAUGCCCAGACCAUGUUGGUUUACCCUGGACUGGGAUGGGAUGGGAUGCUGCGAUGACAUUUCCUAUAAUGCCUGGCCAGCUCUGAUGCUGCCAAAUUAGCCAUCACAGACUUAGUGUGAAGGCUAAGCUUUGGCACUCAGUUAUUUGUAAACUACAACUCUAAUGGCGCUUAGCCAGCCUUGAUAUGGUUAGUCCACCAUAACUACAUACGGGAGGUCCUAGUUAUUGUGGUAGGACAAGUGUCAUAGGAUAUGUACUAUCAUUGCAUUGUCAUUAGUUUAUACAUUUUAUUGAUAUUCAUAGUUUACCGGGGAAUCUUGUCCUUGUAUUUCUGGGUCGUGGCUUGAUGCCACACAGACAAGGGUGUCAAAGCCUUAAUUCCAAUGUAAAUAACGAGGUCCUGGUACACAAGAUUACACCCAGCGCAGAUUUUAUUAGAAACGAAUGGCUAUUGUCUCCAAUAAAUUCUACACUGGAUGUAACCUUAUGUGGCCUGACCUCCCUCUUACUAUUUACCUUGUACAAUACAGGUCUCACAGUUAGCCAUAAUAAUUGCUAAAAUAAAUGAUUUAUGAACCUUUUUUCCAGCUCCGAAACAUUGCUCAUCUCUUUCCCUUCGUCGUUGGUCCAAUCCAAUGCUAGAGGUGAAUUUAAUCCUUAAAGGGAUAGUUUAGGCACCUUUUAUUAACAACUUAAUUUAGAGGAAGUUGUUAUGAUGCCAGGAGGUCUGCGGGUGCACUCUUACCUUAAGGGGUUAAACCGUUAUCGAACUGUUUAACACCAAAGUUGCUGCCAGCACCGAUAGUCAGGUCCCUAAGGCAGCUCCAACUUCUGAAAUUUAAGUUUCAGGAAGUGCAGAGUGCCGCUGGGCAGGGGCAUAGCUGAUUGGCUAAGAUCGGUCAGCUGAUGCUCUCAGCCAAUCAGUGACUCCCCAUUCACAAAACUGUCUUGAAAAACCAUAACAGCUUCAUUUAGAAAGAUAGACUGUUCCUUUAAUGAAAAGGUUAUGACUAAUGCUCUUAUGGAGAAUUUUUCCAAAUCUGCUAUUGUCUCAGAUUUUACAUUUGCAUUUAAUUCUGUCAUUUGAAAUUUAGUGAAUAAUUUGGUCAAUGUCCAGGGCUCUAGGCAGGUACUCUAAUUUGAAAUAAUCAUGACCAGUAGACAAGUUGAGUAACAUGACCAAUAAGUAGAUUGGGAUAUAACGUUGGUCCCUUGAACAAGUAGAUUUGAGUAAAAAAAAAAAAAAAAAAGGAAAUUUCAGGAGUUCAGCUAUUGACUUGUGGCAACUUGACCUCUAUUAACAUUCUUCAUAAAAACUAUGACGAAAUCCCUCUGAUUCUGUUACUGGCCAUUGUCCAAAACUGCGUUUCUAGUUCUGUGAAUUAAGCUUAGAUACUCAACCUAUGAAUAGUGUGUCAUUGCAGGUUACCAUCCGUCAGUCAGCAGUGCCAAAAAUGGUAAAGGAACAUUAGAACUUUAGCAAUACUCCUCUGUAUUCGUAACGUUAGCGUUUCUGUCCCUAGUACUACUAGGUUCCCCCUGGCAGUAAAAGAGUUAAAAAUACUUCUUUACAUAACAUGUUUGCAAUGCCUCUCUUCCCUGUGUGCCUUCAUGAAGAAGGCAGGAGUCCCUCUGGCGAGUUUUAUUCCAGUGCACCUCGUAGAGCAGCAGUGGGGACUUAAUGCGCAUGCACAGCACACAUUUAAACUUAGCCUAAAUACAUUCUUAUGGGGUUUUCACAUCACGUGACCGCGUUGUACUCUCUGUGCCGCCAAAGCGACUCUAGUGGUUGUCAGUAUGACAGCCACUAGAGGAGGAGUUAACCCUGCAAUAUAAACAUUGCAGGGUUAAAGGACCACUAUAGGCACCCAGACCACUUCAGCUUAAUGAAGUGGUCUGGGUGCCAAUUCCAUCUAGGGUUAACCCUGCCUGCUGUAAACUAUGUUUACAUUACGGUUAAUCCAGCUUUUAGUGGCUGUCUCAUUGACGGCCAGAAGAGGCGCUUCCGCGCUUCUCACUGUGAUUUUCACAGUGAGAAGACGCCAGCGUCCAUAGGAAAGCAUUGAGAAAUGCUUUCCUAUGGAUUGACUGCGCGUGCGGCUCUUGCUGCGCAUGCGCAUUCAGCGGAUGACGUCGGAAGAGUCAGGAGAGUCCCCAGCGCAGAGGGAGCCCGGCGCUGGAGAAAGGUAAGCCUUUAACCCCUUUCUCCCCCUUCAGCCCUGCAGUGGGACCCUGAGGGUGGGGGGGACCCAAAUACCCCAUACAGCCAGGAAAACUAGUUUGUUUUCCUGGCACUAUAGUGGUCCUUUAAGAGGACAGAAACUCUGCGUCAAGCCCACUUUAUGGAGAUGAAGUGGUAUGGGUGCUUAUAGUGUUCCUUUAAUGGCAAUUGGUCACUGCUCAUUUAUUCUGUACCCCAGUGCUCAGAGCCUGGAUUUUUCACAGUGUGAAGGGUAGACUUGUGGCCUUCUGAUGUAAUUUUUUUCUUCUUCCUGGUAUGAAACGGUCUAGAAAAAAAAAAAUGGCGUGCAUCCAUAGCUGUCUAACACCAUUACACAUAUCUUAUGCAGCAUAAACUUAAGAAAAUUAAAGUACUUUUGUUCUGUCAUUAAAUUAACACAGUGCCCUGUUGUGGCUAUGGUGCCAGAAAGUAAUCAUCGCCCUUUGGAGCCGAGGCAAGUUGUCAUACUGUUGUCAAACGGUUUGACAAGUUACAUUGCAGGUUUGCUAGGGCACUCUAGGCACCAUAUCCACAACAGUGUGCGGUUUAAAGGUGAUAUAUUUUAUGUUGAUGGAUUGAUUGGCUUCAAUGUGCUAAGGGAAUCAUUUUUCCUAUGUGUUCCACAGACUGAACUUUUACCAUUAACCCUUUCAUUAAAGGGAUGUGCUAUGACAGUCAUGAUUUAAGAAUCUUAAAUAAGCUUAUCAAAGUGCUUUAAAAGGACACUGUACUCACCAAACAGCUUUUAAAUUAAUUAAGCUGUUUUGUUAUAAAGAGUAUGCCCUUGCAGUCUGGGUUGGGUCACUUCAGUUGUCUUUUAAUGAUAGGUUUACGUGUCCUCCUAUAUUUAACAAAUAUGCAUUUGCUGACUAGGAGGAUAUUGUACCAUGACACCUCCCACAGAGUGAGUAGUGAGACCAUUUAAGAACAUUUUGACAACUUGUGUGCCACCAGGUGCUGCCUAUCCCUAUCAUUCUGCUUGAAGCUCCUUGCUAGCUGUGAGAGUUAUGGUGCUUGGAGUGUUCAUUUAAAUGUAGAAAUCCAAAGCGCUGUGUCCUUUAACUUGACGCCUCUAUCAGAACUCCUUUGAAUUGCUGCUCUAAGAUGUUUUUUCAUCUGGCAUUCUGCAUAGACAAAAUACAUUGAAAGAGGAGGAGAAACAAAAACAGUGGUGUUGAUGUAUAAAACACUUCACAUCCACCUUUUAUAUGCAGUUUCUCUGUUUACUGUCUGUUUUCUAUUCUGUUCUCAAAUAUAUUUAAUUGUGUCCUUUUCCUCUAGACUGUUGCAGACAUGGCUGACUCUGCCCCCACGAGCCCUCCUCAGGUCGGAGCAGUGGUAAGUUGAUCUUCCAUAUGUACCGUAGUUGACAAUGGAAAUUGUAAUCUAAGGGCAUAAAAGUGAUGAGGCGAAAAUUAAUAGUUUAUGCCGGUGUUUUCUCUGUAAAAAUAAUUCAGAGAAACUAUGUUUACAUUUGGGGUUAAGCCAGCCAUUAGUGGCUGUCUUCUCAUAUUAUGCCUCCAUCGCGCAGAGUGUCCAUAGGAAAGCAUUAAGAAAUGCUUUCCUAUGGACACUUUGAAUGCGCCCGCAUUCGGCUCCGCUGACGUUGGCGGGGUAGGAGAGGUCACCAGCGCUGGAAUAAGGUAAGUUGCUGAAGGGGUUUUAACCCUUUCAGCGCCAAGGGAGGGGGACCCUGAGGGUGGGGGCACCCUCAGGGCACUAUAGUGUCAGGAAAACUGCUUUGUUUUCCUGACACUAUAGUGAUCCUUUAAUGGCAGUCACAGAAUACAAAACCCUUACAUAUAAAUUUUAGAACGUGGACCACUCUGUAGUAUUUUUUUUAUUUUUCUUCCAACCAUUUGCCCAAAUCUCCUGACUAUAUUUAAUUUUUGUGUUUUUACAAACAUAUUCUACAUAUUUCAUUUUUGUGUGGAAUUCUUCCAAUGAUGUGUCAAAUUAAUGUAAGACCUUUAAUAUUUUACUCAUAUUUUAACAUGUUGUAGGGUCAAAUGGUACAUGUCAAUUUCCGCUUCCAAAUUUUCCAUUUAGCAGCGGUUUACCUCUUUACCUGGAUCCCCCGCUGGGCUCAUUCGCUCCCUGGUGAUCUAUUGACGCACUUCCAGUAUGCAGAGUCACAGAAGCUGGAAGCCAUGGCUGUUGCAAUUCAUUGGCACAGAGUAUCAGCUGACCACUCUCUGCCUUUGACUGAUAAUACUUGGCAACAGUGUUGCACAGAACUGGCAUUAGCCGCCCUAGGGCUCAAGUUCUGGGCUUGUUGAUGACACUUUAGCAGAGGGGUUAAACGCCACAUGUGCACCGUUUUUAUAGCGAAACUCAGCAAAUACAGACGUCAAAGACCAUGACCAGUUCAAAUCACCGGAGUAACACUAAGUAUUCAUUUUCAUUAACACUUUGUAAUUUAAUGGUGUCGCAAAUGAGCUGAUAUACAGUAAAUGUUAAAAAAUGAAAUAUUUUAUUCUGCUUGUGAGUUUUGGUACAUAAGCAUUCUGAUCACCAUUGCAUUGUAAAUCUUGAUGUAUUUUUUGUAUUUUUAUUUAUUUUAGCAAUUUAUGAUGGCAAAUAAGCUUGACACUGCAAUGUGGCUUUCUAGAUGGUUCACAGUAUACUGUUCAGCGCUAUUUAUUCUUCCUGUUUUAGGGUAAGUGUUUUCCAUUUUUGUUCAAAAAUCUAUAAGCAAAAUUUAUGGUUUUUGGUGAUUUUUGAAACUUUUUAUAUACAUUAACUAAUGGCAAUGUUAUUGUUGGCAUACUGGGCUUUUUUUUUUUUUUUUACUUUUAAUCGGUUUCUCCCAACUAGAGGAGGUAGAACAAACACCCUGUGAAACACCCCAGAACCCUCUAUAAUCCUUAGUUGUACAUAUUGCCAAGGAAAGGGGAGAAAAACAGAAAGAAACAAAAAAUCAAGUAGGGAAGUUGAAGCAUAAAGCACUGGCACCCCGGGACGGCCAAGGCCUUGUGUUCUCACACCAUCUGGAUGGAAAUACAUUUUUAUUUUCCUUCCUUGAAUGGUGAGAGCAUAUGAGUCAUAACAUGCGAUUGUAUAGUGAAGUAGAGCGGGACUGGUGCUUCUUAAAAACCUAAGGGUAGGUAGUGCUGAUAACUGAAUGGGGAAAAUUGCCCAUUGCACUUUACUUUCAUAAGCAGGGUCAAUAAACAAUAUAUGCAAGGACAACCAGAUAAGUUGACUUGUUGAUUUGGUCCUUAGAAACUUCAUGGACAAGACUUAUUGUAGCCCACUGUAGAAUCUUGCAUAUCACAUGUCUGAUGACUCAUGUCUGCAGCAUUUUCUUGGUGGAUUGACAUAUGCAGUCACCAUGAUGUCUGCUGAAAGAAGACAUAAGGGUCCCAAAGGAGUUCUUGCUGAGCCAGCUAAAUCUUUCAACUAGAGAACAUUGUCUUACAUUCUGAAACAACAAAGUUCUCUGAGCCCUUCAUGACUCCCAGGCAGCCUCCCAAGUAGUCUGUUGUAAAAAGUCUACUAAAGGAACAUCUGCAAGUCACAUGUAAAUUCCAUUGAUUGAAGAAACCUUGCAGUUAGAGCAUCCAUCUGUAGCAGUUACGAGAGAAUAAUUCAGCUCCAGUCCCAUUGACCCAGAAGAGGGAGCCGACGGAAACUCACAAGUAGAAACACAUCUGAAGGGAACAUUAGAUCACCCCCCCCAUUUUAUUUUGAUAGUCCCCACUCGCAGGGUACAGGGGGUCACUAUGGAAAAUUCAUUCAGUAAAAUUUUACCAAUAAGCCGUUAAUUUAAAAAUGUGUAGUAUAUGUACGUUAUGUACAUAUGUAUGUAUGUUUAAAUUUUGUUUUGUCAAUGUUACUGCAUCAGAAGUGAUCUGAUUAUUAUUACUAUAUCCUCAGAUAAAAAGUUAUUCUGCUGUUGUAAUCUUAUAUGGCCAAGCUGGGUUCUUUUUCAAAAGAUGAACUACUUAUAAUUUCAAAAUAUUUCCGUACCCGCCGCACUGAUUAUUUUUGCAUAGAUUGUUUAAUGAUGAUAUUUAUUGGAAAUAAACGUUUUCAGAUUGUAACCUCAUUGUUUUAAUUUCUAGCUUACAUGAAGCAGCCAGCUUUUAUCAACGUGCCUUACUGGCAAAUGCUCUCACCAGUGCACUUCGACUCCAUCAGAGAUUACCACAUUUUCAGCUUAGCCGUGCAUUCCUAGCACAGGCUCUGCUAGAGGACAGCUGCCAUUAUCUCUUAUAUUCGCUAAUAUUUGUCAACUCCUAUCCGGUUACAAGUAUCCUUUUUGUAUUUGUUUUAAUUAUCCUAUGAAGACUACCCAAGAUUGUGUUAACUAAAGACUUGGCAAAAAGCCUCCCUACACAGUGUAUGUAUGGCUUUGUGUGAAUUUAAAGGAACACUAUAGGGUCUGGAACACAAACCUGUAUUCCUGAGCUUAUAUUGUUAAAAGCAUCAUUUAGGAGGCUUGCCCCUUAGAGAGUGUUUAACUUCCCUUUUCUCCAGCUCACCACAGGUCUGCAGGUGCUGGCCCUCCCCCAAUCUGCCUCUUUGGCUGACAUUAUCAGAAUUGAUUACCUCAGCCAAUCCAUCUGAUAAAACAGUGUGCACAACAAAAAACUUACAGGAACUGUCUAUACUCACCAGAAUAACUACAUUAAGCUGUAGUUGUUCUGAUGACUAUAGUGUUCCUUUAAUACAGAGCGAAAAAUCUUGCUUGAUUACCGACUCUUUAGGUGUUAAGGGGCUGUGUGGAUUAACUGUUCACUUAUUCCCACAUGUCUUGUGGUUGGGGAUUUCGUUUGCUAUGUGUGUAGGAGAUUUGGCUAACAAAUUAAGGGGAAAAAGAAGCCAGAUAUCCAGAUCAGAAGCCAGCAAGGUUAUUUAUUUUUAAUGUCCUGCACACAUGGAGCAGGGCAUAGGGCUAAGACUAUAACUUAUUUGUGAAUUCAGCUUCAGAGCUGUAUUGUAAUACUGUACAGAAUCCUCAGUGAUGAUACAGUAUUAUGCCUACAUGCAUUUAUAGUUUUUAAAUAACCUCUUUUUUGGGGGGGAGAGGGAGGGUUCAUCACAAAUUUAAUAUAGCAGUACAUCUCCAUUUAAAGGAACAAUAAGAUAAUAUAAUUAACACUGAUAUAAUAUUGUAAAAGAGAAUAUUUCAACCGACCUAAAUGUUAAACAUAGGCACGGGUUAGAAGGUGCUGAAUAAGAAAGAUAAAAAGACAGGAAAGAAGAGCAAAUACAGACUAAAGAACGGAGUGAAAAGAUAAGGAAGGUCAGUAAGCAUAGAAGAGUGCCACAGAAGAGUUAAUGCUUUAAAUGUCUCAAGUGUACCCAGUGUGUUGAUAGGAAGAAUAUCUCCGACACUUAAAUGGUUAAAGGGACACUUAAGUCACCAGAACAACUACAGCUUAAUGUAGUUUUUCUGGUGAGUAUAGUCAGUCCCUGCAGGCUUUUUAAUGUAAACAGAGAAAAGGCAGUGUUUACAUUGCUGCUUAGUAACACCUCUAAUGGCCACACCCAAACUGCCACUAGAGGUGCUUCGUGAGUCACUGUUGCACAGUGUGCAGCACUGAUGUUCAGCGUCUCCAUGUGUUGCAUGCAGGCGCUGAAUGUUCCUCAUAGAGGUGCAUUGAUUCAGUGCAUCUCUAUGAGGAGAUGCUGAUUGUUUUUUUUUUUUUUAUGGGAAAACAUUGAAUUGGCUGAGAUAAUCAUGUUUGAUUCCAGCCAAGGGGACGGAGCGUGGGUGGGGCCAGCUGUGCAUCACUAGAAAAAAAGGUGUAUAAAAUCAUGGGGGCCUAAAAUGUGUUUUCAUAACAUAUAUAGUGACAGGAAUACCGGUUUGUAUUCCUGUCACUGUAGUGUUCCUUUAAUAAAGUAGGCUUAUGAUUUGUGAUAACCUGAUAAAUGAUCUCUGGUAUUUUGAAAUUGUGUGGUGAUUUCAAAAUAAGUAAGUAUAAGUUUUUACCAUUUUUGUAUCUGAGGGGAUGGACCUUUUGUAAUUCCUUCCCCCACCGUACACAUUUUUAUUAAGUUUUGUUACAAUACACAAACUGUAACAAUGCCAUACAGUAACACAGAGAAGUGUUUAUUCUCACUUAUUGCAAUAAAUUUUUUGAGCUGCACAUAUACAAUGAACCAAUGUCACAGACGGAAUAGUAAGAUGAAACUAUAACAAACUGCCAUCUUGGUGACAGGCCGUAGUUUUACUGCAUAAUAAUCCCUGAAAUGGGUGUUUAAUUAUGUAUAUGAUAUAAAAGAACAUAUGUCCAAUGUGUUUUUCCUUGACAUUUUGUUACAGUGAGUAUUUUCCCAGUUUUGCUCUUUUCUUUGCUUCAUGCAUCAACGUACACAAAGAAAAUCUUGGAUGUAAGUACAUUUUCUAAAAUUAAACACCAGUUUCUGAAAAUUCAAACUCUGUUGUGUCGUGUAAAUGUGCUUUCCUGUUGCUCUGAAAAUGUUUGUGUAAUACCUUUCCUGUGAUUCUCCUAGAUAUUUAAUAUUUGGUCCACAAACAAAUGCCUCAAAUUUAAAAAUGUACUUUGCAUUCACGACUUGUCACACUUGUGUGAAUAACCCUGUUGUUCUCAUAUGUUCACACUUUGUGUAUUUGUUAGUAAACAAAAUAACCCACAAGCCCUUUGUCAGCCAUUUGCUGUGUUUUUAAAUGUGGAAAGAAAUUGUGGGAAAUUUUACUAGAACAGGUAGAGGUUUGAUAUAUGAAUAAGGUUUGCAGUUUUAUUUGAAUAAAGACAUAGAUUAACACUUAUGAACUGUAGAGUGUCCAAUACUCCUGGUGAUGGAAGAUGAAUUUAACCCCAUCCCAACAGUAGAAUGUGCCAUGCUUAAAGGGACACUAUAGACACCCAGACAACUUCAGCUCAUUGAAGUGGUCUGGGUGCAGUGUCCUAGGACCCUCAACCAUGCAAUGGUAAUUAUUCCAUUUUUUUUAUUUUAUUUUUUUUAAAUAAACUGCAAUAAUUACAUUGCAGUGUUAAACCUCUAGGAGCUGUCUACCAUAUUUACUCAAUUCAAAUUAAAUUUUUGGUGUGUGUGUGUGUGUGUGUGUGUGUGUGUGUGUGUGUGUGUGUUGUAGCCUAAUCUGUAUUUUGUAUAUAUUUGGUCUUUAUGGCAGCACCACUACUGAGAAAUGUAUGUUCAGGUGUGCCCCACAAUUCUCCUUAUUUCCUUUAAUAAUUACAGUGAAUGUAAUUAUGAAACCGGCCUGUAUACGGCGGUCACAGACCACUAUCUACUGUUUUAACUAGGAAGCCCAUUUUCUAAUAUCGGAACCUUAGGGCUAGGUGUGUUUAUGGUGUGUUUAGGGUUAGUGUAAGGGUGAGGUUCUGGUAUGUAUAUGGUUAGUGCAAACAUAAGGUAAGGGUAUAGUGUUAGUGUUAGGCACACUGGGCAAAAUCCAACCUAUAGUGGCUGUCUUAGACAGCAACUAGAUGAUGCUUUCUGACUUUUAGUGGAAUAAAACUCUGCUCUCUGAUGUUGGAUGUCUUCACAGUUUGCAUGAGAACGUCUAAUGUCAUCUAUGUUCAAUGCCGGCAGCCCUGAUGUGAGCGCCUAUUACUGCAGAAACGCCAUAGGAAAGCAUUGAUUCAAAUUCCUGUUUGGAAAGCUUGAGUGUGAGCGUAAUCCCCAGUGCUCCUCUAUGAGGAGGAUUGGAUUGGCCAUAGCCUGAAGAGUCCAUAUCUUCUCCUCUUUUACUUUGCAGGUAUCAGACAACUCUUAUAGAAAUCUCUCAGAUCUAUAUGGUUGUAUCAUUAGGCCACUGCAUUUGUAGUAUCAAAAGAAAUCAAAUAGGACCAAAACACAUAUUAAAAAAUAAUAAUAAAAAUCACUACUUUGAUACCCAUUUAGACAAACAACCUUCAUCACUUUGAUGCGACCUCCAUCCCCGUCUGUCCUUCCGUUGGCCCCUCUGCAAGGAUAUCAGAAAUCUAAUUCCGAUCCCCCGUCUCAGCUGUGUAUUCCUCUGGGAAUUUAAUAUACCAAGGUUGCCCAAUCUUAUAGAAUCCUCUAGGUUUAACUGAGAAAUGGAAAAACCUUUUCCCAUUAUAGCUACAUGGUUGAUCUGUUUUUUAACCUCACCCCAACAUAUAUGACUCUAACUUUUCCAGUUGCGAGCAAUUAUAAGCUUCAUAGCCACAAUGACAUAAAUAACCAAGCUCCUCAUUGCUAAUGAUAAAAUAUUCAAGCCGUAAUGCGCUAUUGCUAUUUUCGGAAGGGGACUAAAUACGGUCUUAGUCAAGGCAGCAAAAACCCCAAAAAUCUCAUCCCAGGUCGGUUUAAUAAGUUUGCACUCCCACCACAUAUGAAGAUUACUUCAGAUGCUCUCUUCACACAGCCAACAAGCCUCAGACAUUAAUGGGUUAAACUUGUGUAUUAUCUGAGGGACAAUAUGCCAUCUGCACACUAUAUCUUAAUUGGAGUUCCUUUAUGUGGUUCUAUUUGUAAAACUCCAAAUAUCAGACCAUAUUUUCCACUCACUCUCAAUGCCAACCACUUGAGACUAUCUGAUCCAAGGUUUAGGGAACCUUUCAGGCACUAUUUGUCCCAGCAUGAAGUACCAUCUUUUUAAACAGUCUGUUUAGUGGACAUUACUAAGCCAAGCAGUUUGUCUACUUGUGAAAAUAACUCGACCUUGUCCUCAGAGCAUUGAUGUUUUACAGCGUAAUAUUUUAUUCUGUAUACAUUAAAAUAUUGAAGUCCGUUACGUACAUGAGCCAAACUGCACUGCACAGACUAAGUUUAUACUAUACUUAGUACCACUAUUUCUUUAACUUUGUGUUGCAUUAAUUACCAGCUCUUGACCGAUGUUUGUUAUGGAAGUACAUAUAAUACAUUUUGAACUCUUGUAGCUUGCUUGAUUAGAAUUAGGGGGUUAAAUACUUUAUAUUGUAUUAUACACUUGGUGUUUCCUCUCAUUUCAGGCUAAAGGAAUAAAUAGCAUGCCAUUUGUCCGGGGUCUUUUGAACAAACUGAAUGAAAAUCAACAAAAUAUACUGAAGUUCGUUGCUUGCAAUGAAAUCUUUUUAAUGCCAGCCACCGUUUUUAUGCUACUCAGGUAAGAUAUUUUGAGGGCAAUAUGGUAUUGUUUUUGACGCCAAUGCCAAUUUAUUCUGGACGUAUUGCAUUUAUCUUUCGUUUCCAAUUUAGUUUAUGUUUGCAUCUGGCUAAUGAGUACUUUUAGUAAAUAUCUAUCUAUAUAUCUAUCUUAUAUAUAAGAAACUGCAACUCCUCUAUGGCAAAGUAUAAUAAAUUUACAACUGGUGGUCAAUUACAUGUACAUUUGUGUUUUGUCUUUUGUAUUAAGUAGCUAACAAAAUCCGUGUGUUUCGUUUCAGUGGCCAAGGUAGCUUAUUGCAGCCCUUCAUCUACUACAGGUUCCUAACACUGCGCUAUUCUUCUAGAAGGAACCCAUACUGCAGGUAACAGUCUGAACAGCACUUGCUCCACUGUUCACACCAUUUUUGUGUUCUUGUACAAAAAAAUUGUAAUGAUUUGAUGUUCCUAAAUGUGAGAAACUUUUGACUUACCAUUUAUAGUAUCCUUAGGAGUCUGUUUACCUAUCUGAAAUAAUGUUGAGCUGGUAAAAAAAAUUUUUAUACCAAAACAGAGAAUUUAUAAAAAGUUCUCCAUACUUGCUGAUUUGCCAAUAUAUUUCUUAAUCUACUACUAUGACCUAAAUUGUCAAGAGGAACACUAUAGUGACAGGAAUACAAACAUUUAUUCCUGUCACCAUAGCUGUAAUAUAACUAUCGUGUUUAAACCCCCUUUCCCCUCCACCUCCUCCCUCGUGUAAAAGUGAGUUACCUCAUCUUUAUUCCAGUGCUGCAUUGGCUUCGCCCCUGCGCCGCCUUUGGAAAGCAUUGGGAGGCUAUUGUGCAUGCAUGGCAAAACACCGCUCUGCGCCAAUCAGCAUCUUUUCUUCGAGAGGCAUUGAAUCAAUGCAUCUCUGUGGGGAAUGUUAAGCGUCUCCAUCCAGAACGUGGAGAUGCUGAACGUCAAUGCUGCCAGGAAGCACCUCUAGUGGCCGUCUGAUCCCUAUGGGGGAAAAAUCUGAGUCUGUAUGUCCUCAUGCGGUGUCAGUUACCAGACCAAAGGUCCAUUAGGAUCCAGGAAGCACCUCCAGUGGCUAUCUGGGGGACAGCCACUGGAGGCAGACUUAGUGCUGCAAUGUAAACAUUGCAGUUUCUCAGCACUAAGUGCAAUAAGGACCCUGUACCAAGACCACUUCAUUGAACAGAAGUGGUCUGGGUGCCUAUAGUGUCCCUUUAAAGGAACACUCAAAUGGAUUUUUGUUUUAACUAUUUAGUAGAUAUAUCCCUAAUAAAAAUGCAUGUAUUUAAUUGGAGUGUAUCUAAAACAAGCUUGCAAAAGCUGCAGAUCUCUUGUCUGUAGUGUUUGCAAAUACUUUCCUUCUCUCCAUGGCUGUCAAACCACAUGCUUCCUAGUGCAUCUCAAUGCAACGCAUAUUCUCUGGGUAGUUGCCUGCUGUCAACUGAGCUAAACAAUCAGGAAGUAAUUGAUUGAAGGAUUGACAGGACGCCAUGGGAUGUAACAAGGUUGAUUUAUAAAUGUGCUGAUAACUAUUGAAAUAUGUACUUUUUGUAAAAUAAAAAAAAUAAAAACACACUUUACACAUAAAGUACUUCAGCAAGCUAAAGUGCUUAAGGGGUCUGAAGUGUCCUUUUUAACUACUUGUUUUCAGAGAAAUACAUUACAGCGUCAACUUCUUCUGUUGAGAGCUUUUCCUCUGUGUCAGCGCUUUUCAGAGGAAACACUUCAUUCAGCAGGGAACAAAACUUAUUUUUCUUAUUAAUGUAACAGAUAUCAACACUGGGAGUAGAGGAAAUGAAGAGGCUGAAGGAAUCUGGGAUGAAAUGUGAUAUACCGAGUUGAUAAAUUGAGGGAUAUGAUAUAGUGAUAGGAAUGGACCAAUGACAAUAAAUUCUACAGUAUUAUAAAUUGCUUCUCCCCCAUUUUUUUGCAGAACAUUAUUCACAGAGUUGCGAAUCAUCUUGGAGCACCUUGUCAUGAAACCAGCAUGUCCAGAAUUUGUGAGAAGACUGUGUCUUAACAGCAUUGCUUUUGUUAGCAGACUUGCGCCAAGUGUUGCAUAACUUAUUUUUAUUUAAAUUAUUCAAUAUGUACAUGAAUGCGCAUUAGCAGCUGGUAUUUCUGCACUCCGUAUGAGAUCUGGCGUUUUUCUAUCAUCCCCAAUCUAGUGACAUCUAAAUGAUUCCAUGUGAAUAAAGCUGAACUCUAUGCCUUUUUAUAAACCACUUCUUAAGGAUUUUGUAGACUUAUCUCUGAGAACUGUUCGUAAUCAUAAAUAUAGGUAACUUGGUAUUCCUUCGUAGCUUCGAUACAUGCCAUAUUUGAAUCCUGUACGAUUUGCAGUUUCUACUCCCAACACAUUUCCAGAAUAAAAACUCUCUUGUAUAAGCUAUCUCUGGCAGUCUAUUGACUGUGACAUACAACUCAUAUGAUGCUUAUACUGCCCGCUGUGGUUUCAGCAGUCAGAUUGUCAGACAUUGUCCUUCUGCGCAUGCACUAUUGCUACAAGCAGUAUGGUUUUGUAUGACCUCCAUCCUUUAAAAAAAAAACAAACAAAAAAACCUAAAAGGAGUUUUUGUUUUUUUCCCUAUUUAUAUAUACAUAAAUAAACAUAUUCAUUCAAUGUUGUCCAGAUCACAAUUCUGAAUAUUACCAUUUGAGAAUAGUUUUUGAAGAGGUUUACAUUGGGAACAACGGAAAAAUAACAAGUGCAUUGAUAAUGUUUCACUUUCAUAUUUCUUUAAAAAAAUAAUUUGUGGGCCACUUAUUUAGGAAAUAAUAAAGAUAUUUUAUGUUCUGUUUGUAUUUAAAGACAAACCUGGUUUAACCCUAAACAAAGAGUUGUAGUAUUUUAGGCCAAAGUCGUCAAGUAGGAGAUUUGUAAUUUUUUUUUAACUUUUUUCCAAACUACCAUUUUGGCCUAUAUUUUGCUACUCUUGUCCCAACAAACGUUUAAGAGAUGAAGUUACUCUUCUUUGUAUUGAACAUAUACUAUUCCUAUGUAUAUAGAAUAGAUACAUUUCUAAAAUCAUUAUAGAACAUAAUGGACAGCAUUUUUGUUUUCAAAAGUGUGCGAUUUAAUGUAUUUUUUUUUUUUCUUUUUACUUCUCAAAGUGUAAAGUUCCAUGAAAUGCAAUAAAAUUCAAACUUUCGCCAAAUGUAACCAUAUCUUAUUACCUUUAUUGUGAUGGCUGAG